UAAACUUGUUUUCUACCAUAUCAACAAGUUAAGAAGCUGAUCACAAAGCUAAGAGGAAAGAAGAAAAAGAAAAAAGGAAGAUUAAAGUCAAUGAAGGGUUGUGUGUGCACCGCAACUAUUCUCAUUCUUCUUGUCUUUUUCCCAGUUUUCAUCCAUGCCCGACAUAUUCGCAAGUUACACUCACCAGAGUACCAGAGCAAUCACCCUGUGAGCCCAGACAGAAAAAAGGCAGUGGUGAAGCCAGAAAUGAACUUGGAAUUAAGAAGGGGAACAGUACACAAAAGAGCAGCAGAUACAUUACAAAUAGCAGGGUCAAGUUUGCCAGAUUGUUCACAUUCAUGUGGAUCUUGUACACCUUGUAGAUUAGUCAUGGUUAGCUUUGUUUGUUCAUCUAUUGAAGAAGCUGAGACUUGUCCCAUGGCUUACAAAUGUAUGUGCCAUAACAAGUCAUAUCCUGUUCCUUGAUGACAAAAAUAAACUACUUAAUUACCAUACAGUGUUUCUCAACAUAUUUUUGUUUCUUACUCUUAAAUUAAUUUGCCAUUAGAACUUACUUUCAUUUGUACUUCUUUUACACAUAAAUAGGCAACAUUCUUAUGUGUAUUCGAAGAGACUUACAAGUAAUAUUUUGUGUAUUGAGUUA